CGGCUUCCGGCACUCAGUUUGCGUUCGGACCUCGUCCAGGAUGGGUGACUUUGGCAAGAUUACGGGCCGUAAACGGCUGCCUUUGACCAUGCUCCUGCUGCUGAUGCUGGUGCAGCUCUUCCGGCCGAUGGAGGCCAUCGAGUGGACGCUGCCGGACGUUAUCAGCUCUGUGGGAUCAGUGGGUUCCAGUAUAGUGGAUCCCAGUCUGCUGCCCACGCCCCAAGGACUCCUCGACGGCAGCAAGCAGCUGCUAGCCGGCUAUCCCUUCGAAUUCGUCUCCAGCUCCCUGAGCUACAUAUGCUCCCAGGCGCUGGCCAACAACAAGAUCAAGUCCAAGUUCACGCCGGACAUCAAACUGAUGAACUUUCAACUGCGGACCACCUGCAGCAAGGUCAGCUUCCCGCUGACUGACCCGAGCGCCCUGUUGCGCAACCCGGACUUCGAUCCCAAGAAGAAGGUGGUUAUCCUCGCCACGGGAUGGACCACCACGGUCAAUGGUACGGACACCAUAGAGGUCUUGUCCAAGGCCUACAACUGCCGGGGCGACGUUAACUUUUUGGCUGUGGAUGCUGCCCGUUUCGUGGACACUCUGUACACCUGGAGCGCCUUCAACACGGAGGAGAUCGGCGAGAACAUGGCCCUCGGGCUGGUGAAGCUGUUGGACACGAUACCCGUGGAGAACAUCCAUCUGAUCGGCCACAGCCUGGGAGCCCACAUUGUGGGCGCUGCGGGCAGGCACUUGACGAAACUGACGGGCUCAGUGAUUCCCAGGAUAACGGGACUGGAUCCGGCCAAGCCAUGCUUCAACGAGGGCGAGGUCCUGUCGGGCCUGAUGCGCGGAGAUGCCGGCUUCGUCGAUGUGAUCCACAGCAACUCGGGAGUGCUGGGCAAGCGAGACCCCAUGGGCGACGCCGACUUCUACCCCAGCGGGUUGGAUCCCUUGCCCGUCGGCUGCUAUUCCGUGGUGUGCGCCCACGCCAGGUCCUGGGAGUACUACGCGGAGACCGUCUUCCCUGGCAACGAGCGCAACUUCUUGGCCACCCGCUGCAGCUCCCUGACCCGGCUCCGGGAGUUCCGCUGCCCGGGCGACAGCAUACCCAUGGGCUACGCCGUUCCGCUGACCACCAAGGGCAGCUACUUCUUGGAGGUGAACCCCACUGAGCCGUACGGCAUCCAUGCCUCCAUCGUUCGCACCGUGCACCUGGAGAACUGCGGAAUCUGUCCGUACACCACCUCCACGGCAAACCCCUCGACCUCCACCCGGGCAAAGACCUCGACCCUGCAAAGCCCCUCCAGCACGACAAAUCCCUUGAGCCGAAUCUUCCCCACGAGAAAGUCCUGGUUCUGAAGAGAAGUCCUGGUUCCCUCGCAGAUCCUCUCCAGCUACUUAUAAUCUUAUUACCAACUAGGCUAAAGUUAGUCGUUGAAUUCUACUACCACCUACCACCUACCACGUACCAUUACCACACACUACUUACCACUUACCAGAGCUACCUGGUUCGUUUUGACCCGAUUGCGGUCGAUAUGCAAUAUACUAUUUUUGCCUUCUAAGCGCGUUGACAAUUCAA